AAAUAAUCAAGAAGCAAAUGACCCCACGAUGUCUACUCCUACUGUGUGCGGCGAUGGAAGCAAAGCCGAUUCUCCGCCAUUUUCUCCCUGUCAUGCUCCUCCAACUUCGAGUUCAAUCCGGAGAAUGUCGAAGGAAUUCAAAACCCUAGAAAUCCAUUUCCCCAAUAACAUCUCGUAAUCAUACAUAUAUAUAUAUCUAUAUACAAGUAUAUUAAUAUUCGCAUCCACACAAUGCCAGGAUUGGAUGUCUGGUUCAAAGAAUUUGCUGUGCACGAAGAAUCUGAAAUUCCAGCUUCGAUAGAUUCGAAUUCGAAUUCAAUAUGCUUUCCCGGCGGAUUAUUUCUCGAGAACGCCGUUCCUUCUUCAAUUGUUGAUACAGUUUCUUGGAGAGCUAGUUCGAUUAGUGUUUCAAAUUCACCACAUUCUUCUACUUGCCGCAGUAAACCAGUGGUUUUCGGCGUUCUCCGGCGAGAAAGGAAGGCUCCUGCGGUGGAAGGCUAUGAAUUCUUAUCAGUGAGCUUGUCAAUUAAGAGAAACGAUGAGGUUCUUCGGAAUGAAUGUUUGGUGCAAAGUGAAGUUAAGAGCUCUGAGGAGACACGUAGCGAUUGUAAUGCGGUGGUUGAAGAAGGAAAGAUGCCAGAGGUUAGGUUACGAGGCCGCGGUGCUGCGAUGAACACUACGAAGCAUCUUUGGGCAGGAGCAGUCGCCGCCAUGGUCUCAAGAACUUUAGUUGCGCCGCUUGAGAGACUAAAGCUGGAAUAUAUAGUUCGUGGUGAACAAAAGAAUCUAUUUGAGCUCAUCAGGACAAUUGCAGCAUCUCAGGGCCUGAAAGGCUUUUGGAAGGGGAACUUGGUGAACAUUCUUCGUACAGCUCCAUUUAAGGCAAUCAAUUUUUAUGCUUAUGAUACAUAUAGAAAGCAGCUUCUGAAAUUUUCUGGUAAUGAAGAAACUACAAAUUUUGAGAGGUUUAUUGCCGGGGCUGCGGCCGGUAUGACAGCUUCUGUUCUCUGCUUACCACUGGACACUGUACGGACUAAGUUGGUGGCACCUGGUGGGGAUGCCUUGGGUGGUGUGAUUGGUGCCUUUCAGCACGUGGUUCGAACUGAAGGGUUCUUUUCUCUUUACAAGGGCUUAGUGCCCUCUAUUAUAAGUAUGGCACCUUCGGGUGCUGUUUUUUAUGGUGUGUACGAUAUAUUGAAGUCAGCCUAUUUGCAUUCACCUGAAGGAAGGAAGAGAAUUGAGAACAUGAAGCAUCAGGGCCAGGAACUGAAUGCUUUGGACCAGCUGGAGUUGGGACCAAUGAGGACCUUACUGCAUGGGGCUAUUGCUGGUGCUUGUGCAGAAGCUGCCACGUAUCCAUUUGAAGUUGUUCGGAGGCAGCUCCAACUUCAAGUUCGGGAAACUAAAAUGAGUGCGUUGGCAACUUGUGUCAGGAUAGUCGAGCAUGGAGGUGUUCCUGCUCUCUAUGCAGGAUUGACUCCUAGUUUACUACAGGUAUUACCUUCUGCAGCAAUAAGUUACUUUGUCUAUGAAUUCAUGAAGAUUGUUCUCAAAGUUGAAUGAAUUAAGCGAGCAUUUCCUCUAGAUAGGGUGAAAAUGGUAAAAGGUGACACACUUCUUAACGCUUCAGAUUGCGCUCUCUCUGUCUCUCUCUCUCUCUCUCUCAUUAAAGAAGAUUAAUUGCCUCUACUUCACAACCACUUUCUUAUUUCACGUCUUGAUGUUUACUGGAAAUUCCAUUAUUCUUUAUCAGUCAUCAAUAUUCCUACUUUCACGCUUCAGAAACUUGAUUCUGAUAACGACGUGCAAUUUUCAAUGUACUUCUGAGCUUCCACACCGGGAACACAUUUUAGCCUUAGUAUAAUGUAAAGAAGCAAUUGCAAUGAGACAGCCUAUUUCUGCUAUUCACCCGGCACUUGUGCUGAAUCGACCGUAGUUUGGAUUGUUUUCGUGUUAAUGUAAUGAAGGAGGAGGAGGAGAAGGAAUGGAGAGAGAAUGUCAACCACUUUAUAUUACAGCAUGUGUGUAUCUAAUUUUGAUUCCUGGCUUUGUUUUGUACAACACAAAUGGCAAUCUUGCACGAUAUUUACAUUA